AUGAAGACACACAACACUGCGGGCAAGUUCAAGAUCGCAUCGCCAUCGUCCGACCCAGACGAUGACGCCGUCAAGGAGGACACCAUCGUUUCAAUCGCAAUUUCGACCCUCAACGGCCCGCUCAUGCUGCGAUCCAUCUUCAAGACAUUGGUCGCCAGCACGCACUUUUUUGGUCCAAUCUUUCGUCUCUGGCAUGGAUACGAUGCUCAACAAGGCCUUUUUGAGCGCUGA